AAUAAAACGGUAACCGUUUUAAAAUAUCAUUGUCAUAUUCAUCACAGUCAAGCCGUUGUCUGUUCAAAAUUAUAGAAUUCUAGCAUUAUAUUUCUGAAUAAAUCCAGAUGAAUUACCUGAUUCAACGCGGAAAGUUGCGCCAGCAGUCGAUUAAUGUGCCGGAGGGUUUGCCGGAACUUCUGUCGGACAUUACGCGCGAGGUGUUACGAUGCCAGCCAAAGAAGGAGUGCCUCUGCCAGUUCAUCAUCGACUAUCUGCACUCGGUGAUCGUGACCAGGGAGAAGGCGUUGGUGGCCAAGUCCAUUUUGGACAGGUCUCUUCGGGAGGUGGACAGCAUAAUAUCAGAUCUGUGCGUCUGCGACUUGGCCAAGGAGAAGUCGGAGCUGAUGGGCCAGGUGCUGGAGGACUGUUUCCGCAACUUCCUCGAGAAGCGUCGCUGCGAGAUGCGGCGUGGCAAGCAGACCAUAAACUUCGAGGAUGUGGACAUACUGGAGGAGCUGCUGCAGAAGUGUCAGUUCUCCGACGAGGAGCUGAUCCUGUCGCGUCCAGCCAUCGAGAGUGCCUACAAGCGCUUCGUGGACGCCUACAUGUCCGCGCAACGUGGUGCUGAUGGAACCGAGCUGCUCUACCAGUACUUCCGCGACCGGGAGCUGAAGCGCAUCAAUGAGGCGAUGCGCGAACAGGCGGCCAUCACCAUUCAGUCGGCUUGGCGGGGUUACUGGGUCCGUCUCCAGUUCCCCCAGGAAGUGUGCGUCUGCGUCUGCGCGGCGGAUAAGGAGGACGACGAGGAGGAGAGGCGCAGGCAAAUGGCAGCGAGCAUCAUUCAGCGCUUCUUCCGCAAGGUCAUGUUGCGCGUUGCCACUAAGCCCAUCACAGAUCCCUGUGGGGAACCUACAGAGCCAACAGAAAUUACGGCGAGCUCGUCGCCGGAGGCAGGGAAGAGUGAUGCGACUGUCCCGACUGCAGCAGAAACUUCGGGAACUGCGCCAGGAACUGCUCCAGGAACUGCUCCAGGAACUGCUCCAGGAACUGCUCCAGGAACUGCGCCGGGAACUGCGCCGGGAACUGCUCCGGCAACGGCCCGACCCUCGGAAACUGUUUUGGCAGAGCCGGAAGCCCAAGCUGAGGAAGCUCAACCACAGGCUCCAGAAGCAGCGGUGGAAGAGGCACCACCUGCAGUCGUCGAAGAGGCUGCACCACCUCCCGUCGAAGAGGCUGCCCCGGCACCACCACCACCCGCCGAGGAGCCUGCACCGGCGGAGGAGCCUGCACCGGCGGAGGAGGCCGCACCACCGGCUGAAGAAGCCGCACCACCGGCUGAAGAAGCCGCACCACCGGCUGAAGAAGCACCCGCCGAGGCAGCAGUCGAGUAGAUGAAACAAAACCAUCUUUAUUAGUUUUCCUCUUAGUUGUUAAAUUUAUUUUUCCUGCAAGUGAAUAAUAUAAUCUGAAGGGGAGUAAUCCUCAACCCCCUUACGAUUCCA